UUCGUAUUUUUGAUGGUUCUUAAUUUGUUGUUAUCGUUUUUUGGCGUAAUUUUUAAGAAACAAUGUACCACAUUUUUAUUUGUAUUGCUAAUUUAUUGAGUUAAGGUUGAUAUCUCUUAAACCCAUAAUGUUUUUUUGUCUGUUUAAUAGGAAGAUCUAAUAAAGUAGCAGAGAUGACGGCCGAUUCUCGGGUGAUGGGACGCCGUUUUGUGCUAACAUUGGUGAUUGGAGUAUCUGCUGGAUUUAGUGUUGCGUACAUAUUUUUAACCUCGGCUGGAUACAAUCGAGAUGUAGUUUGGUCGUCCUACAGUAAUUUCAGGGAGCCCGUAAGAGAUUUCGACAAGCACCCGAUAUCGGCCGUCAUAGAACACGGAAGCGAUGAACCAGCUCACAAGGAUGAGGAUAGGUCGGUAGCUGAUGAGCUGGCUCAGAGAGUCAGGGUCCUCUGUUGGAUAAUGACGCAGCCGAGUAAUCAUGAGAAGAAGGCGAAACACGUGAAGGCGACGUGGGGGAAGAGAUGCAAUAAGUUGAUAUUCAUGAGUUCUGACGAGGAUCCGUCGCUACCGUCCGUGAAGCUUCCAGUUCAAGAAGGACGCGACUACCUCUGGGCGAAGACCAAGGAGGCGUUCCGUUAUGUGUACGAACACCAUCGACGUGACGCCGACUGGUUCCUCAAGGCUGACGAUGAUACAUACGUGGUGGUUGAGAAUUUGAGGUACAUGCUGGCCGACUACGAUGCCAACGAGCCAAUGUACUUCGGGUGUCGUUUCAAGCCGUUCAGUCCACAGGGUUACAUGAGCGGUGGGGCAGGCUACGUGCUCAGUCGAGAGGCACUUGAUAGGUUCGUCAACAAAGCGCUACCUUCCCCUCAUUUGUGUAAAGCGAGCGACCACGGGGCCGAAGACGCCGAGAUGGGCAAAUGUUUGGACAAGAUUGGUGUGAAGGCGAUGGACUCACGCGACUCGUUGCAACGGGGUCGAUUCUUCCCGUUCGUCCCGAGGGAUCAUUUGUUCCCGAGCAAAGAUAAAGGGUUCUGGUACUGGCAGUAUAUAUAUUAUCCAACGGACGAGGGGCUGGACUGCUGUUCAGAUCACGCUAUAUCCUUCCACUAUGUAAGUCCAGAACAAAUGUAUGUGAUGGACUAUCUCAUAUACCAUUUAAGGCCAUAUGGUAUUAAGUAUGGUAGCGGAGAUUUACCAAAGUUACUCAAAAAUGAUACAAAAGAGAUUAAUGUCACAUAGAAAUGACAGGUGCGUUAAUUUAGCUUACUCCAAUGUUGGAUCCAAUAUUGGUCCAAAGUUUGUGUGUAUAUAUACAGGUGUUAGUUGUAAGCCGCUUAAAACUAAUUAGAAAUGACACGAUUUUACACAGAAACACAAUGCUGUAGUCAAAUAUUAAUUUGUUGUAAAUUAAAAUUUGUCUGUA